AGGACUGAACGAAUUGUGGUGCCGUAAAUGCUUGAGCGUCCUUGCGACACGUGUCCAAAAGGGAGGCUGACGAGGGAGUCGAGAAGAUUUUCUCGUCGUCGUGACGAGCACAGGACGAAGAAAAUCAGCAGAAGCAGAGGAAAAACGCUCUCGAGUCUCUGCUGUCAGCGGAAUAUGAGUUAGUGUCUGUCUGUAUGUGAGGGCGAUUCGCUCCUGCUUCCAUCUUCCACUUUGCUCCCGUGAUGUCUGAGACUGAGUUCGGUGUAUAAACGAGUUGAAUAAUACAGUCUUCCUUUUGAACUUCUUCGUAGACUAACGACGAUGAUGGCCUUGGACGCUGCUGUUGCCGCGGUCGGAUUGUCCCCUGCUGCUGCUGCGCUCUCGUCUGUUUGUUCUGCUCCCUCUUGUGCGAAAUUCGGCUCGGCUAGUACCAGUACUUUCAUUCGUGGAAGUAGUUCCGUUUUGAAUAGGCUGUGCCUGGAAUCUCCCCCUCCUCUUGCUCCUCGUCGUCGUGAGCAUGGUGUAGCUGCGCGUGCCCAGAGCGGAAGGGUAAAUGCGGCUGUGGUGGUGGCCGAACCUCCGAAGUUGUCGAAGGUUGAGAAGUGGAACGGAUCGAAAAGGCUCCAGACACAAGUGGCACCCGUAGCGCAGGAUGUUAAAACCAUUCGCUCUCUCGACUGGGACCGCGAUCGUUUUGAUAUUGAGUUCGGACUUUCGGACGGUACCACUUACAACUCUUACAUCAUCGAAGGCGAUAAGUUGGCAAUUGUGGACGCUUCUCACGAGAAAUUCAGGGAUCUCUAUCUGUCAACAAUUAAAGAUCAGAUCGAUGUGAGCACCAUAGAUUAUAUUAUAGCGAAUCACACAGAACCUGAUCACAGUGGACUGAUUCCGGAUCUGCUGGAGUUGGCUCCCAAUGCCAAGGUGGUUGGCUCGAAAGUGUGUAUCCAGUUUCUACAGAACCUCGUCCUUCGGCCCUUCGAAAGCAUCGUCAUGAAGGGAGGAGACACGCUUGAUCUGGGCAAAGGUCAUGUGCUCGAGUUUGUCAUGGCACCCAACCUGCACUGGCCAGACACCAUGUUCACCUUUGACAGGGGAGCAGGAAUUCUCUUCACCUGCGAUGCCUUCGGAAUGCACUACUGCUCGGAAGCGGUGUACGACGAGGAGGUCCUCAACCUGGUGCCCCACUACAGGUUCUAUUACGACUGUCUGAUGCGACCGAACGCAAGGUCGGUCAUCCAAGCCUUGAAACGAGUGGGAUCCAUGGACUUCGGGAUCAUCGCAACCGGACAUGGACCUCUCCUCCGAUACAACGUUCCCGACAUGGUGAGCAAGUAUGAGGGAUGGAGCAGGCAGGCGUUGGAAAAGCAGCUGGCUAGUGUUGCAGUACUUUACGUGUCCGAUUACGGUUUCAGCGAUCGACUUUCGCAGGCUCUUGCAAGAGGCUUGACGAAGACAAACUGCGGAGUGGAGAUGAUGGACUUAAAUCACGCAGAUUCACAGGAGCUGAUAGAAUGCGUUGGGAGAAGCGGUGCAGUUGUGAUCAUGGCUCCUCCGAGUUCUGGCCCUGCGAACAAGUCCGUGACUACGCUUUUUGCUGCCGUUAAGCCUGGGAAGCAGCCUCUUUUGAUCGCUGAAAGUUACGGUGGUGACGACGAGCCUGUCGACACUAUAUUCCAGCGCUUCUUGGCUCUUGGUGUCAGUGCUCCUCUCCCUCCCUUGCGGGUCAAAGGAGAGCCAACAGAGGCAACGUACCAGUUUUAUGAGGAAGCAGGCACGGAUUUGGGUCAACUCUUGACACAAAAGAAGGCAAUCGCCGAGAAAAAAGCCAACUUACCCAUGGACGUGGCUACAGCCAUAGCUCGUGUGUCAGGCGGUCUCUACGUCGUCACUGCUUUCAAGGGAGCAUCACGAGGUGCUAUGAUUGCCUCUUGGGUGUCCCAGGCGAGUUUCAAGCCCCUCGGUAUCACCAUCGCAGUGGCGAAAGAUCGUGCCAUCGAAUCGCUCAUGCAGGUCGGCGACUCGUUCGUGCUGAAUUGUCUAGAGGAAGGAAACUUUGCGCCUCUGAUGAAGCAUUUUCUGAAGCGGUUCCCGCCAGGAGCUGACAGGUUUGAAGGUGUCGACUGGACACCGGCAACGAAUGGUUCUCCGGUACUCAAGAACGGCAUCGCGUACAUGGAGUGCACGGUACAAAGCCGCAUGGAGACACCGGAUCACUGGAUCACCUACGCCGAAGUCACCAACGGCAACGUUCUCAAGCCCGAAGGGAAAACCGCUGCACACCAUCGCAAAGUAGGAAAUUACUACUAGUGUAAAUCCAGACAAGCUGUAAUUGUACUUCUGCAAUCCUGCACUCAUCCCGAUCCGUGUACCCGACCUGGAAGUGCAACAUUGUGUGUAAAUUUCGCGUAGUUCUCAGAUCUAAAUGUUUCUCCUUUUCUCCCCAUUUCGUCUCACAAUGGCUGCGUUGUCCGCUCACAGAGUCUGGCACUGCUUACUUCAUUGAGCAGUGUGGCAGUCCACUUGGCACUAUGAAGGCUGACGUGCCGUCCAGGUGCUAGGCCGGCGUCAUAUUCACAUUCUGCCAAGAAGUCAUGUUCGGCUGAAAAUUGUGCGCUGGGUUGACUCUCAACGCCCUGUCAGUUGGACAUAUUGUAAUUUUACAUUGUGAGCAUAUGAUUAUCAAGUCGGAUGUGGCCUAACUCUUAAGCGUAAUGAAUCAAACCGUGAGUAAUGAUGCUGUCAAAUAUUACUUUUAUUUGUGGGAAUGUUGUCAAGA